CGGUUUCUACUCUGUGACAAUGCGACGCUUCAGGGUAGGUGUGCCGGGAACGCGAGGUGUGUGAGACCCCGCUCGUGAAUUACAACUUUUAGGGGUCUGUUGUGGACUUGGAGGGAAUUUGUCAGCAUGGCGCCGGUGCAGGAGGGGUGGCCCGGCGUAUCCUGUGUGCCAAGUGUGGACGGGAGGGUGCCUGCGCGGGGCGUCACGUGGUGGUGGCGGUGAUGGAAGUGAGGUAAGGUGGGAGUUCAGUCAGUGUGGCGGAGCUGCCGGCCCGCACUGUGCCGUGGAUUCUUGCCUCCCUGCCCGCCCCGCACUCCUGACACGCGCUCCUGCCGCCACGUGCCGAGUGCUGCCCGUGCCGCGACUGUUGCUUCUUCUACUACUGCCUCCUCAUUCUAAAUAUUCCUAUUCGGCUAAUGAAUGCCGCCGAUGUUUAGAAGCUGUAAUAACAUUGCUGACUGGGACCCGCCCAACUUUUCACUUGGCCGAAAACUCAGAGCGUGGCAGGUGGAGCAGGGUCUCUGGCAUCGUCCUUGCCUGCACACUGAUCUGCAGGACCCUGGACCAAAUCGAGGCUCUACGACCACAGCGGCUAAGGUGACCUGACUUUGUCACAAGCUGCCUCUGCAUCCACAUCGCGAAAGAUUAUCUGACCAACUGUCACUACUGAUAGUUUAAAUUUUGCAACCCAUGACAACAGUAGUAACUGGCUGAAAAAAUCAGUCGGUAGCAGUAGUGUCCCGGUAUGACCCAAUAGUGCUGCUGGCCGCCUACACGCUGCCAUGGGGCCCGCCCGUUGUCCACCCCUGCUGCUGCUGCUGCUGCUCUACAGCCUGAGUGGGCAUGGCGUGGAGGUGGUGCCCCAAGCUCCUGACAGCCCAGCCCUCGUGCACGCUCCGCCCUUCCAGCCUCCUGACAUGCCUCCCCACGCUCUGUUGCGCUCCGGUCGGUCUGUGGGCGGCGACGAUCUCUUCAUUAACCUGACGGAGGUGAUGAGUGACCAGCCCAGAUCAGCCAUGCAGGAACCCGUGAGCCAGGCGAGCAGGAGCCACAGCAGGAGCAGCAGUGACAUGGCGCGCCUCUCACACAAUAUCUCAGCCAUCCUGGAGAACCUGCUCAAGAACUACAACAAUCAAGUGCGCCCAGGCUACCACGAGGGAAGGACCACGAUCGUCAAGUUUAGUCUUCUCAUCCGUAGCAUGGGACCCAUCUCAGAGAAGGACAUGAAGUACUCGAUGGAGUGUUACCUGCGGCAGGAGUGGAGUGACGAUCGGCUGCGGUUCAACGGUCCCCUCAAGCGGCUGACACUCAAUAUCAAGAUGCUGGAGGCGCUGUGGAAGCCCGACACGUACUUCCACAACGGCCUCGGCUCCUACGUGCACAUGACUACCAGACCCAACAAGCUCAUCCGCAUCAACCAGAACGGCGACAUUCUCUACUCCAUGAGACUCACCAUCAAGGCUAAGUGUCCCAUGGAGCUUCGGAACUUCCCUCUAGACAAGCAGUCGUGUCCUCUCGUCAUCAGCAGCUACGCCUACACGGAGAAAGACGUCAAGUUCGUGUGGGACCAGAAACUAGUGAGCUUCGUGCCCGGCAUGGCCCUCAGCCAGUUCGAGCUGCUCAACUCCAAGUGCACCAACUACUCCGUCAGGUGGCGCGCCGGGAAGGGCAUGUAUUCCGCGCUCCGGGUCAAUUUCAACCUGUCCCGCAGCGCCGGUUACUUCCUGAUCCAGGUGUACGUGCCCUGCAUCCUGAUCGUUGUGCUCUCUUGGGUCUCCUUCUGGAUCAACAGAGAGGCCACCAGCGACCGUGUAGGCCUCGGCAUCACCACGGUGCUCACACUCUCCACCAUCAGCCUGGACACUCGCACAGAUCUCCCGAAGGUGCACUACGCUACGGCCCUCGAUUGGUUUAUCCUUAUGAGCUUCGGGUACUGCAUCGCCACCCUUCUGCAGUUCGCCGCCGUUCACUUCUUCACUAAGGUUGGCUCCGGUGAAAUCCCAGCGGACGAGGAAGAGUGGGAGGACGUGGAGGAGGUGAACGAGGUGUGCGAGCUGGAGGACUCUCAGGAGCACGGCCAGCCCUUUGAGGAGUCCUACGAGUCCACAGGGGAGGGGCGCCGAGAGAUUGUGUUCAUCAACUCGAGCCAUCAGACGUGUCCUCCCGGGGCCGCCAUCAUCUACGCCACCCUCAACUCAGAUUCCGGGGUGAUGAACCACUCCGGGGACAGCCUGGCCACCUUCAGGAACACGGAGACUCAGACGGAGAAGAAGGAGCGGUGCUGGUCGCAGUGUUACCAUUGUGUCCUGGGAGACGAGAACUACCGGCGGGAGAGGCAGAGGACGGCCUGUCUGCAGCGGUCCGUCAACUCUGUGUCCACCAUCGACACCGUCAGUCGCAUCAUGUUUCCGUUGUCGUACGGCCUCCUCAACCUGUGGUACUGGUACUCCUACUACGACACUCAGCUUGUCUUUAACUGGACAGACCCGGGAUUCGACGAUCUGGGACUCGGCCUUCACGACAAGAACCCCAUCGCUGGUGCGGAGAAGCGUCAGGGCCUGUAGCCUGUUGCCUAUAAUCUGUGGCCUGCCAACCCUCUCUAGCUGGUGUUGGACUAGCCGCGGCAAUCACGGCGGGCUGGGACCGGCGUCAUUUAGCUCAAGACGAGUGACAAUCGUUUACGGGAACACCGGCACACUUGACGUCAUCGACAUGAAGUCACCAAGACUCACGAGAAGCUUCCAGGGCGUAGCUGUAGCUAGUAGAGGACAGGAUGGCAUUGUCAGUCUCCUGCUGUGGUAAUGUGGCUGCCUUCCCAGACCACCUGCAGCCUCUCGGUCCUGCUUCCGGCGCCUCAUCCACCAGGGACCUGCCAGGCUGCGGCAAGGAGCCCUCAGGGAGACGAGGCGAAUAUCAUGUCAAUACAGCAUAGCUCACACUCAACAGGAAACACCGCCCACAAAACAACAGUGUGUGGCUCUACACCUUGUGCACCGUGUGUGUGUGUGUGUGUGUGUGUGUAUGUGUGUAAGAUAUGUAUACAGAAUGAGAACCAACCACCAUACCGUGGAUCUCCUUCUAAUAUUCAAACAACACUUUCCUCCUGAAUAUCACACUGAACAGUACUUCCCACCUGC